AUGAGCGUUCAAACAACGCCUUCCAAGAAGGCUGCCUCCGCCCUCGAGAACCUCAAGAUGCAAUCACCCCUCAAGAAGAUUGGCCUACAGUCAGAGGCAGACAAGGAGAACAUCGAAGCGCGUUAUGAGUCUUGCGAGGUCGCUGUCCCCAUCAAGGGCAUCCCAGAACAGGCCGAGGAGGACGUAGUAGCCACCGUCGCAGUCUCGUCAGAGAAGGAUGAUAACGAGGAUGAGCCUAUACUCAGGGAGAACGCACAGCGUUUCGUGCUGUUUCCUAUCAAGUACCACGAGAUCUGGCAAAUGUACAAGAAGGCCGAGGCCUCAUUCUGGACUGCAGAGGAGAUUGACCUGUCCAAGGACCUUCACGACUGGAACAAAAGACUCAAUGACGACGAGCGAUUCUUCAUCUCGCACGUCCUCGCCUUCUUCGCCGCCUCCGAUGGCAUUGUCAACGAGAACCUUGUUGAGCGUUUCAGCGGCGAGGUCCAGAUACCAGAGGCACGUUGCUUUUACGGCUUCCAGAUCAUGAUGGAGAACAUUCACUCGGAGACAUACUCGCUGCUCAUCGACACAUACAUCAGCGAGCCCAAACAAAGGACAUACCUGUUCAAUGCCAUUGACAACAUCCCAUGCAUUCGUAAGAAGGCUGACUGGGCACUGCGAUGGAUCUCGGACAAGAACUCAACCUUCGCUCUCCGUCUUGUCGCCUUCGCCGCCGUUGAGGGAAUCUUCUUCUCCGGCUCGUUCGCCUCCAUCUUCUGGCUCAAGAAGCGUGGCCUCAUGCCGGGUCUCACGUUCUCCAACGAGCUCAUCUCCCGUGACGAGGGAAUGCACACCGACUUUGCCUGCCUGCUGUUCUCCCACCUGAACAACAAGCCAGAGCAGAAGCUGGUGCAGGACAUCAUCACCGAGGCCGUCGACAUUGAGAAGGAGUUCCUUUCGGAUGCCCUUCCUUGUGCUCUUCUAGGCAUGAACGCAACACUCAUGUGCCAAUACAUCGAGUUUGUUGCCGACCGUCUAUUGCUGACGCUGGGCAACCAGAAGUUUUACAACGCCACCAACCCAUUUGACUUCAUGGAGAACAUCUCCCUCGGAGGCAAGACCAACUUCUUCGAGAAGCGUGUCGGCGAGUACCAAAAGGCCGGUGUCAUGGACAGCAUCAAGAAGCAGGCGGCCAAGAAGGAGGGCGCAGACGCUGAGCCCGUACCCGUCAUGAACGGCGACUUUGCUUUUGAUGAAGACUUUUAG